CCAGCAGAGGUAUGGUACGAUCGAACUUCUCGUGUCUUGGCGUUUCUGAACGAACAAUGCAGUAUUCAGAAGCAAGCCCCAGGAAACUCCAUGAAGCCAGUACCAACAAAAUGAUUUUCCUUUGUGUUCGUGGAUUUGGUAAAUAGCGCAAUCCUAUCCUAUCUGCAGCCACUCGUAAAUAAGCCCCACUAAGUUUAAUGGAGUCUUUUCUGCGGUGAAGGGUCUCAGUGCGCUCCUGGGCAAACCUGUUCAGAACUUAGUCACAUUAAGUCCAGUGGAAACUUGCAGAGUGUGAUCUGCGUUUAUGCUCUGCCUUGCUCUCGGUAAAAAUGGGAGAGAAAAAGGAAACUUUGAGGAAGAAUAGCAUCUAUAAACAUGUGAUGAAAGUUUUCUUUCGUAUGCGCAGUUCUACUUUCCGCCGUAGAUCGCUUCCAAAGGGAAAUUUUAGGAUAUGAGUUGGGCAUGGUACUCUUUCUUAUCUCUGUGUUCACCCGCAGACGUUUACGAGACCGGGAAAUGGAGGCUUCGAUUGGCCCUUCCAAGCCGAGUGGAGGGACUUACUUCCUGUUUCUUCUGCAGCCAAGCAGAAGUGUCGGGAACCUGUGGGCGGAGCUACGGUGUGACUUUGAUUUGGGACAGAAUUUCAACUUUCUCCUGCACAAACCUGGCCUUGUGGAUGUUUGCCAUCAAUAAGAAGCAAGCCAACUUUGUUUUGCUGAAUCAACAAAGGGUUUAUUUCCUUGACUCAUGUCCCUGGAGUACUAGAUUAAAAUUUAAAAGAAGCCUGUGGCCUUUUGAAUUUCAGCUAGUAGCUUCUGUGUACUAACCCUGCGAGUUUUGCACACCCUUCAGAAAUAGCACAAGGACUUCUCCGCGAGGCGAGCUGCUACCGUUUUGAUGCCAAGUGGAGUUGCAUCACAACCCGUGACUCAGUGAUCCCGGAAAGGCACACGUAAAGUGGACUGGCUGACAUUCCCCACAGCUGCAGCUACAGAAGGCAAAGUGAAACGGUGGCUGGCGAUCGCUGGCAGUGAAGCUUUUUCACAGGGAUGGCUCUUUGGAGAGCCCUUUUGCUUUUGAUGCACUGCAGAGCCAUCACCGCUGCCUCAGCAGGUUCCUUUUGGCACGUCACAGACCUCCAUCUGGAGCCGCAGUACCAACCGACACCAGACCCCUUGAAGGUGUGCCCGUCUGCUGGCACCCAGCCAGUGGUCAAUGCAGGGGCUUGGGGCAAUUACCUGUGCGAUGCUCCCUGGGGCCUGGUCAACUCUUCCAUUUACGCCAUGAAGACAAUCCUCCCAAACCCAGACUUCAUUCUUUGGACUGGGGAUGACACACCUCAUGUGCCUAAUGAGAAGCUGGGUGAGGAAGCUGUGUUGGAGAUAAUUGAAAAGCUAACCAACCUGAUUAAACGUGUCUUUCCAGAUACGCAGGUCUAUCCAGCAAUGGGCAACCAUGACUUCCACCCCAAAAGUCAGCUUCCAGCCAAGGAGAACAGGGUCUACAAUGCAACAGCGGACUUGUGGAGCCCUUGGCUCAACAACCACUCUGUGAAGACAUUCAGAGCAGCUGCUUUCUACACUCAGAUGCUGCCCGGUCCUGGCCCAGCAAGGCGCAUGGUUGUCCUCAACACAAACUUGUACUAUGAAAACAACAAUCAAACCAUCAGCCUGGAAGAUCCGGGAGGCCAGUUCCAAUGGCUGCAAGAUACCCUGAGCAGGGCGUCAAAAGCAAAAGAGAAGGUCUAUAUUAUUGGUCAUGUCCCUCCUGGCUUCUUUGAAAAGAAGCGAGGCAAGGCCUGGUUCCGAGAGCACUUCAACCAGAGAUACACCGAAAUCAUUCGGAAGCACCACGACGUGGUUGUGGCACAGUUUUUUGGACAUCAUCACACCGAUAGUUUUAGGAUGUUCUACAGUAACACAGGUGCCCCUAUCAGUGUCAUGUUUUUAGCUCCAGCUGUAACGCCCUGGAAGACAACUCUACCAGGUGUGCACAACGGAGCCAACAACCCUGGCAUUCGAGUGUUUACCUAUGACCAUGAUACCCUGCUGGUAAAGGAUAUGAUCACGUACUAUUUAAACCUCACCCAAGCUAACCUGGUUGCUCCUCAAUGGGAGAAAGAGUACAGCCUGACGGAAGCUUUCCAGAUCCCCGACGGGUCCGUCGGCUCCAUGCAGCUGCUGCUAGAGAAGCUUGAGAAGGACUCAGGCCACCUCCAGCGGUACUAUCAGUAUAACUCCGUCCAGUAUGACCUGACAGACUGCGAUAUCAGCUGCCAGACGGACCACAUAUGUGCCAUCAGGGAAGUUGCCUCUGCUAACUACAACCAGUGUAUCAAAGACAGAAGUGCCACCGCAGCAUCUUCCAUCCCGGGGCUGGACCUCCUCUUAUUCGGCUGUGUGAUGGGGCUCAUUACUCUAGGCCUGUGGGGAUCCCUGAGCAGGCUGGGGCACAAGCAAGACUCCACUGCUUCCACACAAGCCCAGAGAAAGCACAGGAUGUGAACACAGCUGCAGAUGCCUUCAUGCCGAGAACAGCUGCUUUCUUGGUCUUCUGAAAGAAAAACAAAGCAACCGGUGGCCAGUUGCAAGGUUCCCCGCCCUCCCACAAACACAUACUUUGGUGAUGAGUUACCAGAUUCUGGAAACAUCAUCUGGGUACGUGUCACGCAAGAUCCUUCGGUCAGAACAAGACACUUCUCCUUCAGUGACCAACCUUUGUGGAGACAUGCAAGAUGUCUUCUGGGAAACAGCAGUAACCGAAAGUCUCAAAAAGCAAAUGCUUUCUGUUUGCUCUGGAAAGAGAAGGGCGGGGAAAGGGCGGUCAAAGAUUAUGAAAACAUGAGAAAAGGAAGCUGUCACGGGUUGUUCCAAAAGGACAGCCUGACAACCAGCAGUGAAUCCAAAUGUCAGAGUGAUUUGGGAUCGGUAAGGGAAAAGUUACGUGUAUUUCUUAGUUAAAACUGCUUCUCCACAUAGAGCUGCAAGGGAAGGGGGAGAAUUAAUAUGUUCUUUAAAAUCCAAGCAUCUGUGCUUUUUCCAUUUAAAAAAAGAUAACUGUUUGACAGCACCUGUUUCUGCUUUAAACAGGCCUGGUUCAGACAAUGUUUUAACUUUAAUCAAACAGACCAGAAUGCAAACCAGGAUUGAUCUUGAGUGUGUGUGUGUUUAAUUAAACCCACAAUUUUGUGACACUGUAUGCAACAAGAAAAAAAGUUGUGGGAGGGGGGAAUGAAAGCAAAAGCUUUUGCUUUCUUUCUUUUGCAUUCAAAGUAGAAGAGAGGGUUUACUUAGAAUCUGUCCCAAUGUGUUCAGUGCACAGUAUUGCAACCUUCGAUCUGGCGAAUGUGGCCCUUUAACCGUUAUCAGCAAGAAACAGCCCUCACACGUAAGUUCUAACUUUAGUUAAAACCACAUGACUCAGAACAUAUAUAUAAAAUCAGGAUGCAGAAGCCAUAACCAAUGGGAAGUAUUGCAGGGCAAGACAUUCAUGUUGUAACAAUUUUAAUUAGGUCCUUUAUUACACAAUCAGUAAGGAAAAUCAGCAGGAAACACGAGACUGGAUUAGAUGGACUACUGUCUAGUUCCAACCACUAUAACACACUGGCUCUCUAUAAUUAUCUAUCCUGUUGCUGGUUGGGGUGAUGGGGGUUGUAGUCCAAUUUUGGAAGGCUGAAAAGGGCAGUCUCUUGUUCUUAUGGGACAACAGUAAAUUAUAUUUAGUUUUGAUGCAUAUUAUUUGCUGUUGCAAUUUUUAGCUGUGACACUAUAUUGUUGAUUGAUUGGAUUUUUUAAUUCUGAUGACUUUUCUAAGCCACUUUUUAACAUGUCUGUGAAAAUGCAGGGCAUAAAUAUUUUAAAUGCAUUCAUGAAGAUAAAUGCAAAUUUAAGAUA